UAUGAAUAUUAUAAGAUUCAUUAUGCAUUACUUAAACAUAGUUUAUCUUUCAUACGAUCAUAUAACAUCAGGCGCGUGAAAGAAAAUGGCUAAUAUUUACGCGAAAAGUCAUAUUGGGAUUUCAGAUUAUCAUAAAGAAAUACGUGUUAAGAACAUAAAAGAAUGUGUUGAGGAGAAUUCAAGGAUAAAUCCAGAUAAAGAAGCUUUCGUUUUUGUUUCAACAGAUGGUGGAAGACAGAAUCUUACAUGGUCAGUACUUUACGAAAGAUCAUGUGCCGCAGCAAGAUCAUUUAUUCGGCUCGGAGUGAAAAGGAAGGAAAUUGUUGCCAUUAAUCUUCGAACAUGCCCUGAAUGGCUUUAUGCGACGUUCGGGGCGAUGAUAGCAGGCGCGAUCCCGGUAAGUGUUUCGUUCACCUAUACAGAUGGCAGUGACUUGGUAGCGUUGAUGCAGAAACUACAACGUUGUUCUCUUCUCAUUAUGGAUCCUGGACUGGAUAACGUUAACUGGAACAUUGUACAGAAGCUACUUGAUGCGAAUAGUGGAAAUGGAGCGGUUCAUUCUUCAAAAUUGCCGUAUCUUAAGUACCUGGUAGGUGUCGGCUUUGAGGACUGCUUAGCUCUUGUGAAAAGUUUUCAUGAUUUACUAAACGGAACUAACACCGAUGCUUCUUUUCCGGAUAUAGAAACUGGAGAUGUUGCUGUCAUGUUACAGACCUCUGGCAGCACGGGAGUGCCAAAACUUGUAGCACAUACACACGCAUCUCUCGUCUCUCUUAUUGGCUCUGACAUGAUACCUCUUGACGAGAGCUAUAGAUUGUUCAACGAUCGUCCAUUUAACUGGAUUGGAGGGUUUCCAUUUUCUGUUGUGACAGGGCAAACGAGGGUGACAAUAUUAGGAUUCUGCGAUCCGUCAAAGAACAGAGUCUCCUUUAUGAAAGAGGUCAUAGAAAAGGAGAGAUGUUCACUGAUAGUAGCGUUGCCUCCGCUGAUGGCGGAACUUGCACGAGUACAGGAUGAGCUGCCUUCUGAUUGGCCAGUCGUGGGAAUAGUCACGGGAGGCCAGCCAAUGACAAAAGCCUUAACGGAAAGCAUUGGAAAAGCAGGGAAGUUUCUUUGCUGUGUUUAUGGGACAUCAGAAACGAUAUUUUUAACCCAGAUUUUGAUAACAGAGGGCGACAGUUUUACUGAAUAUGCAUGCGGUACACCGUUAAAGAUGAAAGGGAUUGAAAUGAAAAUUGUUGAUGAGAGUGGCAAAACAGUACCUGUGAAUACAAGAGGUGAAAUAUAUGUUAGAUCACCUGGAAUGUUCAAAGGGUAUUUCAAUGAUCCUGAGAAAACUAAAGCUGUAAUGACUGCCGACGGAUGGUAUAAAACAGAUGAUAUCGGGCGUAUGACUGAGAAAGGGGAGUUUUUUGUUGAAGGCCGAAAAUCUAAUAUGAUAAUUUCGGGAGGAAUGAAUGUUGCCCCCGAAAUUUUAGAGCAAGUGAUGAAAACAUUUCCUGGAGUAGAGUCAGCCGUCCUUGUUCCGAUACCAGACGACGUUUACUAUCAGGUUGUGUGUGCAUGCGUUAUUAAAAAAGCUGGUAGUGACAUCACUGAGAAGCUGCUUCAAAAAUAUUGCGAAGAUUUUCAUACAGAUAAGCCAGGGCUUUUUACCGUACUACCAAAGUAUUACCUGAUCAUGGAAAAACUGCCAGAAACAAACACAGGAAAAACAGACAGAAAAGAAAUUGAAAGACUUGCUUGCAGCAAAUUUAGAUAAAUUCUUUCAUAGUUAAGAUUGUAAUAACUGUUCACUAGUUAUAUAUCUUGGAAGAAAAUGUAAAGAAUAGUGUGCAUCCAUACUUCUAAUUUCGUCGUAUAGCGCAUAAUAAGUCAGAUGUUCUUGACUUUGACCAAUUUAAGGUUGUUCUGCACGAUCGGAUCAUUUUUAGCUCGACUAUACGAAGUAUAAGGAGAGCUAUCCUACUCGCUCCAGCGUCGGCGUCGGCGUCUUUCCGCGUCCCCACCUUGGUUAAAGUUUUGGUGCACUUUCUCUUUUUUCAACUUAUCUCUGUAAUUACUUGAUGGAUUUGAUUCAAUCUUGAAAUACUUAUUCCUCAUCAUCAUCCACAUCAUCUGACAUAAGGGCCAUAAGUCUGGAACCAAUAUUUCAUGAAUUAUCCCCCCUUUUCACUUAGAUUUUCAGGUUAAAGUUUUAAUGCACUUUCACUCUAUCUCUGUUAUUACAGAAUGGAUUUGAUUCAAACUUAAAAAAGUUGUUUAGCAUCAUCACCCACAUCAUAUGACGUAAGUUGCAUAACUCUGGCACAAUUUUUCUUGAAUUAUUCCCCUUUUUACUUAGAAUUUCAGGUUAAAGUUUUAUGCACUUUCACUCUAUCUCUGUUAUUACUGAAUGGGUCUGAUUCAAACUUAAACAAUUGUUCAACAUCAUUACCCUUAUCAUAUGACACAAGGUGCAUUAUUUCCCUUUUUAUUUAGAAUUUUAGGUUAAAGUUUUAAUGCACUUUCACUCUGUCUCUGUUAUUACUGAAUGGAUUUGAUUCAAACUUAAAAAAGUUGUUCAACAUCAUCACCCAAUCCAUACGACGCAAUAGGCAUAACUCUGGCACCAAUUUUUCAUUAAUUAUUCCCCCUUUUUACUUAGAAUUUCUUGUUAAAGUUUUGAUGCACUUUCACUCUGUCUCUGUUAUUACUGAAUGGAUUUGCUUCAAACUUAAAAUAGUUGUUCAACAUCAUCACCCACACUAUAUGACACAAGCUGCAUAACUCUGGCACCAAUAUUUAAUGAAUUAUGCCCCUUUUUGCUUAGGAUAUACUUAUAUAGUGUUUUGAUACAUUUUAUCUUUACCUCUCUUAUUACUUUAAGUUGAUAUUUUUGACAUAGACUCAGGCUAUUGUGCAAUAUCUUCAUCCACAAUUGGAGUCAUUAAACACUCCAGUGACAGCUCUAGGUUCCUCAGAUGUGCCCAGUUUCACUAUCCAGCAUCGAAAUAGUUGAGCGCGCUGUCUCCUGAGACAGCUCUUGUUUUACUUCCGAAUAUACUAAAAAAUCGACAAAUGAAAAACAUAGGGUCGCGUGCUUGAUUUUUGCUAGGAUAUUUGAAAAAUUUAUAACUCGCACAAGUUUUCAUUAUGGGUAUCUGUGGGAAGAUCACAAAUUUGACAGCAUUUUCGCGAUAAGAAUUUUUUCUUCAGUUUAAAUUUUAACAGUCAUAUAUAAACAUUAUGGUCUAUGAUAUGAUGAAAUAGAAUGUACAAGUCUGUUUGCUUGUUUUCUGAGAUAUGUGCCCAUGAUUAAAGAGAUCCGGACAUUGAGAUAUUUUUUGGAAUUAUUUUUCUUUUGUCAAAUGUUUUAAUGUAAUGUUUAAUCUUUAGAAAGAUAGUAACGUUACCAUUUUAAUGAAUUUAGUCACGGGUUGUUAAUUAUUAAUCAAUUCAUUCCUUAAAGGAGUUUCGUUCCAUACACUUGAGUCCAGAGAUUUUUUUCUACGUUAUCCGGAUAAAUCACGUGACGCCAUUGUAUCAAACUACAUAAACUACAUAAACAGAAACAUUAUCCAUUUUACUACUUUAUAAUGUGUAUUUAUCAUUUAAAAAUACAUGCACAUUUCUAUUCUUGUGUAUUAUACAGCUACUUUUAAUAUCGCUGUAAGUAAAUAUAAAUUUCAAUGUUCGAAGUGAUUAAGGGAAAGCAUCUGACUCAAUAAAUCAUUUUUUUCAGUAAACUGUAAUACUUUAAUAUACUUUUAUACCAUGCACUAAUAACUUGUUUUCCUAUGUUGGUUUUGUUCAAUAUAACCUGCUGUAACAGUUCUACAUUAUACAUUAUAUCUUUUUAUACAGGUAAAAUAAGAGUUGUGAGAUAUUUUAUUUGGAAGAUGUGUUUGUUGUGUUCGGCUGAUCCUGCCUUCGGAUCUUAUGUAUUUUUUGUCCUGUCUUUGUUAUUUAGCUAAUGAUUUUAUGCGAGCUAACGUCUAAUAAUAUAUACUUUUGCUGCUCACAAUGGCGCUAUAGUCCAUCUUACAUUAUUAAGAAUAGUUUAUAUACUAAACGUUCGAGUAUCUGGUUAGUUGUUUCCUGAACACAAAAUAUAUUCAAACCAUAUUCUGAGACAAUGCCCACAAAUGUAGAUUCACUGUAAAAGAUGUUGCCUUUUGAUAUGUCCAUGUACUAUACCGACAUUUUAAUACUUACGCAAAAGUAUGGGUGCCUACGUUCUAUAGAACUUUUUAAAAUACAUAUAUUAAUUAGAUUUCUUUUGGAACUUGGAAUUUCUUUGGAAAUGGAUCAAAAGACAGAAAACGACUAAUAUCUUAACUAUAAUAUUAUGCAUAUACGUUUUAAAAAUCAUUCUUGAAAAGUAUGAACUAUAGCUUGUAACACUUUAUAAUUGAGCCACGCCAUGAGAAAACCAACAUAGUGUCUUUGCGACCAGCAUGGAUCAAGACCAGCCUGCGCCACCGCGCAGUCUGGUCAGGAUCCAUGCUUUUCGCUUUCAAAGCCUAUUGCAAUUAGAGAAACCGUUAGCGAACAGCAUGGAUCCUGACCAGACUGCACGGAUGCGCAGGCUGGUCUGGAUCCAUGCUGGUCGCAAAGCCACUAUGUUGGUUUUCUCAUGGCGUGGCUCAUACGUUGUUUGAUGUAUGUCUGUUAAGACGUAUGACGAUGUUGUGUAUAAGUUAAAAUGUCAAUAAACGGGCUGUCAUUAGGCAGUCCCAAAAAGAUAAAAAAAGAACUGAAAUUACCAACACGUACUUUUUCAGGAUUCCAAAGAUAUGUUAUAAGUUAGUCAGUAGGUGUAAAUGUGGUUACGAUCAGCUGAAAUUUGACACAAUGAUACAAAUUAAAAGAGAUACAUCUUGGAUUCAUGCAUAUUCACUACGAAUAAACUCGUCACUAAUAUAAUGUGUGUAUAUGCUUAAGUCAAUCAUGCCGAGAAGGUACAUUAACUCGUAUGAGGUAUAAUUAACCCAUGCGUUGAAUAUUUGAUAACGCAGAAUAGAGAUUUAUGUAAUGAAUAAGCAUGAUUCUGGGAAGGGCUUAAUGUAAUGUUGUUAGAACUUGUUGCCCCACCCAUUUGCUUUUGUAUUUUUGUAAUUCUAUGUAUCUUCUUGCAUGUAUAUGUGAGCAAUAAAAUAUGGUUAAAUCAAUAAGCAUGACUUAAAAAUAGACUCCCGCCAAGUAAUCACGCAAUGAAAUAGUGUCUGGUCACGUGAUAUUUCUAGCAAUGCUGAGGUAGGCUUAAGGUUUGCAAUUACUAUCUUUCAUUUAAUUUUUGGGUAAAUGCAUAUGUGGAAUUUUUGUGUGUACAUAUAUGCUUAAGCUCGCGUGUGUUAAUUACGUGACAACAACAUCUGUGGAGGACAAAUUCUGUAUAGAACUGCGUUGAAUAAAUGUAGGCCUACGUGUAAAACAUCCGUUACCAUAUUUUUCAAAACAAUUAAGAAUACACAUAAAGUAACCUACCGAUAACAGUUUUCAUCACUGUCGUAUUAAACAUCUGUAACAUAGUGCUAAAACAGAUUUUCUUAAACGAGAGAAUAUUGCAUAUGCGCUAGAAGGAAGCUCUUGCUAA